AUGGCUAGCUACGCCGCCAUCAGCACCGAGCCCGAUGACACCGACCACAUGUCUGCGAGCACUGGCUCCUUGAGGGGGCGGAGGCCUGGGUCUCGCAACGGAAAGAAGAAUGUUGGCGUCGUCGGCCAGGCUACGUGGAUUAGCAGCGUUAUCAACCUCGUCAAUACCAUUCUCGGAGCUGGACUACUGGCCAUGCCUUCAGCCAUGUCGAAGAUGGGAAUACUCCUCGGGUGCUUCAUCAUAGCAUGGGCAGGGGUAACCGCAGGCUUCGGGCUCUAUCUUCAGACCAGGUGUGCACGAUAUAUUGACCGUGGAAGCUCCUCCUUUGCCGCAUUAUCCCAACUCACAUACCCGAACCUCUCUAUCUUGUUCGACGCGGCCAUAGCCAUCAAGUGCUUCGGUGUUGGAGUCAGCUACUUGAUAAUCAUUGGGGAUUUGAUGCCAGGAGUUGUUCGAGGGUUUGCGGGAACAGUCCCCCAUGACUUCCUGGUAGACCGCCAGUUUUGGAUAACAGCAUUCAUGUUGAUCGUUAUUCCACUUUCAUUUCUACGUCGACUAGACUCUUUGAAGUAUACUAGCCUCAUUGCAUUGGUUUCUAUUGGAUAUCUGGUGGUUCUCGUAGUUGCCCAUUUCAUCAAGGGCGAUACUCUUGAGGAUCGCGGACCUGUGCGCGUUAUCAAAUGGGCUGGUCCUAUUCCGACUCUUGCUGCAUUCCCAGUGAUAGUCUUUGCAUACACAUGUCAUCAGAACAUGUUUUCCAUUCUCAACGAGAUCUUCGACAACUCUCACUUCCGCACCACCAGCGUAGUGGGAACGAGUAUCGGAUCUGCAGGCUUCUUCUACAUCCUCGUCGGUAUCACUGGUUACCUCUCCUACGGCGACAACGUCAGCGGCAACAUCGUCAACAUGUAUCCUCCCGCGGUGGCCUCCACCAUCGGCCGUCUCGCAAUCGUCAUCCUGGUCAUGUUCUCCUACCCCCUCCAGGUCCACCCGUGCCGCGCUUCCGUAGACGCCUGUCUCAAAUGGCGUCCCCGCCGCCGCUCGCAACGCCCGGAAACCUCGCCCUCCCGCAACACGCUCCUCAACCCGGCCAAAUCCCCCUCAAAACCCAUUACCGACAUCUCCGACCUCCGUUUCGCGAUCCUAACCACCAUCAUCAUCGUCCUCUCUUUCAUCGUCGCCAUGACCGUCUCCUCGCUCGAGAAAGUCCUCGCCUACGUCGGCAGCACCGGCUCGACCACCAUCAGCUUCAUCCUCCCGGGGCUGUUCUACUACAAGAUCUCGGACCCGGACUCGGCGCACCACCAGAAGCUCGUCAAGGAAGACGACGACGAGAACAACGAGUUCGAGAACGAGGCUGUGGCCGAGGCCAACGACGGCCUGGCCGCGCAGCGCAAGACGAGGAGCUGGCGCAGUGGACUGCUGCGGAAGUUGAGUCUGGCGCUGGCGAUCUAUGGAUGCAUUGUUAUGGUCACUUGCUUGGUGACGAAUACUUUUCUUAUUGCGGCACAUUGA